AUGGAGAAAAUCUAUGGUAUGAAAGUAGCAUCUGGUACUUUCAAACGAAACAGCGAUAACAAGAUGUUUACCGUCUCAUAUGAAAAUAAUGAAUACGAUAGUGUGUUUUACUUGACAGCCUCCACAGGUGAACGUUUGGAAGGAUUGUUUCAAUGGGGAUAUCAUAAGAAUACCUCCAAUAAUUGUAUUAGAAGAUUUUUUCUAUGGGAUGGAAGUAAAACAGAUCCCAAUACAAGAAUUAGCUUGAUCGUACCAACUUGCCGUUUCAAUAACUUGGUGAGUGACAAUAAAGUUUAUGCCAUUGUUGUCAAGCUGAGCGAAUUGGACAGAUCCACCGGAUACCUAAAUACCAUUAGUUAUGCUCAUUCUACUUACUCUUUCAACGCUGAACCAGGUAUUGAAACGCCAUAUAAGGAUAUUUCAUUUAAUUACUUCCGGCAGGAUUCUGAAACAGGACAACUCUUAUUGAGAAAUCCAGUCACAGGAAAGGAUGCGCUUGUACCAGAUUAUUGGACAGAGUCCUCUGGAAAGAUUUGGGAUAAAUACUUAUUCACUUAUGACGUGCCUUGUCUCAAAUGUAAAAACAGAAAUGAUGGAAGAUUUGUAAUCAUGUUUUUUGGAUUCACAAACCGCACCCUCUUACUUUACAUGGUGUUUUAUUGGAAUGCAAACACCGAUUUCAUAUAUAACGCUUUAAGAGGAAAUACAACAGCGUUCAAGCCCAUCUAUCUGGAUAAUGGGGAUAUUUGGAGACCUGAUCCUAACUUUUUAAGCAACGAUGUUGAAACACCAUACCACAGAGUUCCAAGCAGAGGUUUGAUUGUUGUGGAUCAAAGUUUGGUGUUGCAAAAGAGUGAAGUUUGUGAUUGGCCAUUGGAAGUGAUUCAUCAAUUGUUAAUCACACCAAAGAAGAAGGGAGGAAUUGGAUUGCAUCCUCAACAAUUGAAAUCGAACAUGAAAAUUUAUGGAAACAUGUUGGACAUGAUCAUGAUGGAUUUGAAAGAACAUGAUGAAUCAUUUGCCAUUCAAGAAAUGUCCAAAUCUCUCAAUCAUGAAUAUUUUGUUGCAAAACUCAUUGUUCAAUGGGUCAAACAACACUUGUGUCAAGACAAUGAAUAA